AUGGCGCCAGCAGAUGUUCUCGGCGCAGUGCAAUCAGAAGAAUUAACAAGUAUCAUUCUCAGCGGAACGCAAGAGUUGGAGCUUCAGUUGAGUCACAAGAGUCGGUGCCUUUUAGCUGUUGCAUCAGUCAUGACAGCUUCAUUUAUGAUAUGCAUUAAUGUUUCAAUCAGCGACUGCAAAAUCGAAGUUGUUGUCGGCGUCGUACAGGGACAAUUUAAAGACAGUCCUUGCAUGUGGGGGAACCCUCCAGUCUUCAGCAUCGGACGAGUCAUAGACAAAAAUGGGCUGAUGCGAACAUUUUCGAGAGGAUCUAGGACUCAAAGAGAUUAUUUCCGUGAUAUGGAAUGGCUUCAGUAUCAUCUCUAUGUGAAAGCUAAAGCUGUAAAUGAAAAUGGUGAAAGUAUUAAGCUGCUUUUGUUAGAGGAAAACAUAACCAGGAUCCAGGGGGAAGUAAACGAAUCCAACAUGUUAAAAAAAGCCAUCGAUUUAGUAAAGGAACUGCAAGAGGCGAAGAGACUUUUCGAGGAAGUGACGAUCCUGUGCUGGGUCCCCUUGUACCCCGAGGCGCACAACCGCACAUCCAGGCAUGUCAUUGCCACGUGGGGGAAGCGGUGCAACAAACUCGUCUUCAUGAGCACUAUGGAUGAUCCUUCCAUUGAUGCUGUGAACGUGGGAAGUAAAGAAGGAUAUGGAUAUCUUUGGCACAAAACCAUGUUUUCACUUCAGUACAUAUAUAAGCAUUUUCUCAACGAGUUUCAGUGGUUCCUAAAAGCCGACGAUGACACGUAUGUGAUAAUGGAAAAUCUACGUUAUAUGCUACGUGCUUAUGAUACAAAUGACCCCAUUUAUUUCGGACUUUACUACAAAAAUUUUGGACGAUAUAAUGCAGGAGGAGCAGGUUAUGUUAUGGGAAGAGAAUCGAUUCGAAGGUUUGUCGAACAGGCGCUGCCAAACGCCGCGAUCUGUAGCCCUACUGGAAAGGCGGAGGAUGUAAAGCUCGGAAACUGUCUUCAAAGAGUUGGAAUAAAAUUCGGAGACACACGGGAUCAUAUUGGACAAGGAAGGUUCUGGCAACACCAUCCGAUAUCGAUUAUUAAAGAGACGAAACUUGUUGAAAGCUACCAACAUUAUCCAGUUCCUGAAUGGCCGAAUUCCUCCUCGGACACAGUCAUCAGUUUCCAUCGAAUGACAACCUCCGACCUUUACCUAAUGGAAUACUUCAUCUACGACAUCCGCGUUUUCACCCCUGCCGAGCCUCCCUCUCGCUGUCUUCCUUCCGCCUGA